AUGUCUAACGUUGAAGUUGCUUCGAGAGAAAUGUGUGCUGUGGCUGCACUUUUAUUAAAACAAAGUGGUCAGGAAGUUAAUGUUGAUAACCUUUCCAAGGUUAUCGACGCAGCCGGUGCCGAAGUGGAAUCCUACUGGUAUAAAAUAUUUGCCGAAGCCUACCAAAAGGUCGAUGUAGAUGUCAUUCUCAAAUCAUCUUGUAUCUCUGGUCCAGCAGCUCCCGCCGCUGCAGUAGUUUCCCAAGAAGAAUCUGCCAAGCCCGCUGAAGAAGCUCCCAAACCAGCAGAAUCUGAAUCUGAUGACGAUAUGGGAUUCAGCCUUUUUGAUUAA